GCUCCCGUACUUGUCACCGCAUGGGCAACCGGAUAAAGAGACCAGCGUGGUACGCAGAGAGUUGAGUGACGCCGUUGUUUUUACUCUACAAUUUAUGUCUUCGUACCUUUUAAAUUAAUCGAAAUGACUGAAAGUAAAGCAGGGACGGCUCCUAAGCCGGCCAAAGAGCUGCUGGCGUUGAACCCCAAACAAGAAUCCGAGUUCAAGAAGAAGGUGCAGGAGGCGAAGAAGAACAAAUCUAGCAAGGGGGGGCAUUUGGCCCCUGGAGUGGUUUAUGUGGGUCACCUACCACACGGGCUGUUUGAACCUCAGCUCAAAUCGUACUUCGAACAGUUUGGGAAGGUCCUGAGACUGCGGCUGUCCCGGAGUAAAAAGACAGGUGGAAGCAAAGGCUAUGCAUUCGUAGAGUUCGACUGUGAUGAAGUAGCUAAAAUUGUGGCAGAGACCAUGAACAAUUACUUGAUGGGAGAGAGGCUCAUCAAAUGUCACAUGGUUGCACCCGAGAAAGUGCACGAGAAGCUGUUCGUCGGUUCCCAGAAGGAGUUCAAAAAGCCCUCGUUCCCCGCCGUGGUCCGCUACAACAAGACCCACACAGAGGAGCAGGUGACCAAGAUGAAAGGCAAACUCCUGCGGAAGGAAGCCAAGCUCCGCAAGAGACUGGCAGCACACGGCAUCGACUACGACUUCCCUGGAUUCGCUACCCAGGUGCCCCAGAAGAAGAAGUCCUCCGAUUCCAUGGAUGCGUCUACGUGUAGCGAAGACGCCACGCCAGUCUGCACCCCCUCCGUCCUGGAGAGGAGGAAGUCCACGGUCAUCGACGACGAUGCCGAUGAUGAAAUUAUUCUCAAGAUGCCCCCUGUAGAUAAGGAUGAUGAGCGCUCCUCGGAGGAAGAGGAGGAAGACGAGGACGAUGACUCUGAGGGCGAGGAAGCCGCUGCAGUGGACGCAGAGUGAAAGCCUCCACUGUUUGGACGGUGACUCGGGUCUCUGGCUGUCACAGUACAGUUGCACACAUCAGGCUCGUCUUUGGACUGUGUUCAGAAACCCCAUUGCGUCUUUCAGUCUGUGGAGGUCCCAUUACAUUUGAGGAAGAUGCCCCAAUGAGUUUCCACCGUAGCUGUGGGUACUACAGUAGUGAGUACCAUGGGUGGAGCUCGCGCACCCACCGCAGUGAGCCUGAGUAAUGGGCCAGUUUAGACUGGACUUCUUUGACAAAUGUGUAUUUCCGUCUUGCAACGGGCCGUUUCCUUUGCCACACAGGGCCGUAAUGUUGAUGCAAAAAAGGCAUUUCUUGUUUUUUUUGUCAUGCACACUUGUCUAAAAGCGUGGUUAAAUUUGUACUAUAUAAACUAUGAUCAUUAAAAAUAAAUGAUGUAAGAAUGUACAAUCCCAAGAGGUCCCUUUUGUCAUUGUGGUGUUUUCUAUUGGAAGAAGCAGAGGAAAGCACUCGUAUACACACCCCAGCUAACCCGACCCUUUGUUUGUGUUGUUCGGAAGAUGUUUUUGUUGUGUCGCUGUAGGAAAUGAAUGUAAGUAAAAUAAAUGGAGUGAAUUUGGA